CCUACAAGCCAAACCUUCCUCCUGGUGCUCUCUCCAGUCUUCACCAUCCCAGCUUUCAUCGAAGUGUGCGAUCCUCCCUGCCCCCUUUCACUUUAUUCUUCGCUCUGCUGCAUCUUGAUCCCUCUCAUCCUUUCCCAAAGCCUGCAAAGCUCGGCAACCUGCGCUGGCUGCAGUGCAUCGCUUGCGCUGGGAGAGCACAGGACGUCAGCACCACCCACUUUGCCGGUAGCUCGGCAGCAGCCUGACGAUGGCACCUCAUCCUACUCCUUCAUAUAUACCGUCAGCUGUGCAGCUCGUGCCGAAGCAGACUCAUCAGCAGCGGAGAGCGAGGCCGGACGAAAUGGCGACACGCCGGCGUGGCAGCAGGGUCGAGGAGAGCGCGUGGGUCGCGGAGGUGGAGGCCGCGGUGGUUGACGGCGGCGCGUCAGAGGAGGAGUCGGCGCGGUGGCGGCGGCAUUGCAUCUACCACGUGCCCGCGUGCAUCAAGGACCUGAACCCGAAGGCAUACCGGCCGCAGGUGGUGUCCCUGGGCCCGUACCACCACGGCGAGCCCCAGCUGCGCCCCUUGGACGCGCACAAGCGCCGCGCCCUGGUCCACUUCCUCCGCCGCGCGCGCCGGCCGCUGGCGGAGUUCGCGGCCGCGGUCGCUGGCGGGGCGGCGGAGGAGUACGAGCGGCUGGAGGGCGCGUACGAGGGGCUCGGAGGCGAGUGGCGCGGCGCCGCCGGCGAGGAGCGGUUCGUGGAGCUCAUGGUCACCGACGGGUGCUUCCUGCUGGAGGUGAUGCGGGCGGCGUCCGGCUGGGAGGUGAACGACUACGCCGCCGAGGACCCCGUCUUCAGCCCCCACGGCCUGCUCUACACUGUGCCCUACAUCCGCCGCGACAUGAUCAUGAUCGAGAACCAGCUCCCGCUGCUCGUCCUCGACCGCCUCCUCGCCGUCGAGACCGGCAAGGACGGGAACGAGGAGCUGAUCAACCGGAUGGUGCUGCUGUUCCUGUCGCCGACGGCGUGGCCGCUGACAACCGGCGUCGGGCUGGCGCUCCACCCGCUGGACGUCCUCCGCCGGAGCCUCCUCUACGGCCCGUCCCCCGCCCCGCGCGCGCCGCCGCCGCGGGACUCCUCGCCGGCGCCGCCCGACGACAUCAUCCGGUCGGCGGAGGAGCUGUACGAGGCCGGGGUCCGGUUCAAGCGCAGCGCGACGGGCAGCCUCCUGGACAUCCGCUUCCACCGGGGCACGCUCUACCUCCCGCCCAUCGCCGUCGACGACACCACCGAGUACAUGCUGCUGAACCUGAUGGCGUUCGAGCGGCUGCACGCCGGCGCCGGGAACGACGUCACGGCGUACGUGUUCUUCAUGGACAACAUGGUGGACACGGCGCGGGACGUGGCGCUGCUGACGGCGCGGCGGGUGGUGCACAACGCGGUGGGCAGCGACAAGGCGGUGGCGAGGCUGCUCAACGGGCUGUCCAGGGACGUGGUGCUGGAGCCGCAGAGCGCGCUGGACGGCGUGCACCGGGAGGUGAACGCCUACUGCCGGAAGCCAUGGAACCGGUGGCGCUCCAACCUCGUGCGCACCUACUUCCGGAGCCCGUGGUCGUUCCUCUCCCUCGCCGCCGCUGUCUUCCUACUCGUCAUGACCGUCUUGCAGACCGUCUACACCGUCGUGCCAUACUACAAGGACAACAGCUAGCUAGCUCUUGCUAUCACUAUAUAUAGCUUUUAUACGGUCUAGUUCUCAGAUCGAUGGAUUUCUUUUAUUUCCGUGAUUUCUAUCUAUGUAACAAACAACUAAUGUGCCUUCCUGCAACUCUCAUUGAAUUGAAGAACACAUAGUC